UUGAGCACGGUCUGCGGCGUGAGCGCCGCGUCGCCCAUGUACGGCCACGCCCUGGGCUACCUGCGCAUCGCGGCGCUCGGCGCGCCGACGGCGACGAUCUGGCUCGUGACGAACGGCAUCUUCCGGGGCCUCGGCGACACGGCGACGCCGCUGCGCUGGGCGCUCGCGUUCACGGCCAUGAACGCGGUCUUCGACCCGAUCUUCAUCUUCCCGUUGAAAUUCGGCGCCGCGGGCGCCGCGCUGGGCACCGCGCUCGCGCAGACGCUCGCGCUCUACCCCCUGCUGGCGGCGCUCGCGCGGCGCACGGGAAAGGCGUCCGUGCCGGAUUUGUUCCGCUGCGACCGCGCGCUCCUGCUCGGGAGCCUCAGGAGCUACGCCAAGGCGGGGUCCCUCGUGCUGGUGCGGACCCUCGGCAAGAUCUCGGCCUACUCGGUCUGCGCGCGCGAGGCGGCGAAGCUCGGCGCCGUCGCGUCGGCGGCGCACAUCGUCUGCUUCACGCUCGGCGUCGCGACGACGCAGCUCUGCGAGGCCGCCGCCGUCGCGACGCAGUCGCUCCUGGCCCGCGAGUUCUUCGCGUCGAAGACGUCCAGGGCGAACGCGCGGCGCCUCGUGGCUUUAGGCCUCGGCGUCGGCGCGACGAUCUCGACGUCGCUCGCGGCGCUGACCUUCGCGAACCGCAAGGCCGUCGUCGCGGGGCUGACGACGGACCCGGCCGUGCGCGCGGCCUGCCUCACGGUCUUCCCCCUCGUCAUGGCCUGCCAGGCGCUCAAGGGGUUGGCGUACCCCGUGAACGGGUGCCUCAUGGGCGCGCUCGACUGGUCCGCGGCGUCGGCGACGAUGUGGCUCUCGAACGGCGCCUGCGCGCUCUCGCUGCUCCGCCCGACGCCGACGUCCCUCGUCAAGCUCUGGGAGGGCUUCGCCUGCCUCUUCGCCGUGCAGUGCGCCGCGGGCCUCGCGCGCGUCGCGUCGCGGACGGGGCCCUUC